AAUGGAUUAAUGCUAAUGCAUAGUCGACACAGUUUCGAGUCGAGCCAAGAAAAGUCAGGUCCAUUUCAGUUACAAAAAUAAAUAGGUGAAGUCCAAAAAUAGGUUUGAGAUAACCCCACAUUUAAAGGUGCACUUUUACCAUCUCUAAGGUAACGAUACCUUUUUAAGUUUCGGCUUAUUAACUCUUCAAAGAUGGCAGCAGUUCGACAAAAUUAUCACGAUGAAAGUGAGGCCGGAGUCAACAAGCAAAUCAACCUGGAGUUGUAUGCAUCCUACACCUAUUUGUCUAUGGCCUUCCACUUUGACCAGUCAUCAGUCGCACAUCCCGGCGCCCAUAAAUACUUCAAGAAAGCGUCCGAUAAAGAGCGACACCACGCCAUGUUGCUGAUGAAGUUCCAGAACCAACGAGGUGGAACUAUCGUCCUUCAGAAUGUCAAGAAGCCAGAGAAUGAUUCUUGGGGUUCUCUGAAGGACGCUGUCCAGGCAGCUCUAGAGCUGGAGAAGCAUGUCAACCAAUCUCUUCUGGACCUACAUGCACUCGCUAACAAACAUGGCGACACUCAGAUGUCAGACUUCAUUGAAGAUAAUUUCUUGGAUGAGCGAGUUCAAGCAAUCAAGGAGUUGGGUGACUACUUAACUCAGCUUAAUCGAGUCGGAACAGGUCUUGGUGAAUUUAUAUUUGACCAUGAGACGCUAGCCUAGGCACAUCAAGAAAUACGUAAUUAGCCUAAUUGAAGUAUGGUGAACAUUAUAAAGGCCGAUCAUAUUCGCUGCGACUUCGGCACACACCCGGCAAUUCAAUUUAUGAUCACGCACUGCACUUCCAGAAUAUGCACUGCAGACUUUGAGAAACACGUCCGCGCGCUCGUAUGCAGUGAAAAUGCAGCGAGAGUACACUGGUUUGGGUAUAUACAGACAAAUUUACCCAAACCAAACAGUGCCCGAUAUAGUAGACCCUGAGUGUCCAUCAUACCUCAUGUCAAUUACUUUCAGUUGUUGUUUGCACUGUUUGUAUAUUUGUGAUUUAGUUUAUUUAUAUGUGUUUAUUGUUUCGGUCAAACAAUUUCUUUGUAGCAACGUUUGCUUUGUAGCUUUAACCCUAACCAAUUGCAUGUACCUUGGACCUUUGUAUCCAACAUCAAACGACGAACGGUUGUCUCCACCUCUGGGCCAAAUUUCAUAAAGCCUGUAUCACAACAAUAUAUGGCAUUGACCCAUUAUCUUCAUGCUCAUAGAAAGGUUGUGGCUGUACAUCUAUGAACUCUAACCCGCUCACUCUGCUCGGUGUGCACGCAUUGACCAUCACAUAAAAAAAAGGUUACUGUUAGUUACUGGUAUUGUGAUGUGACAGCCUGCACAUGCGCAGGCAGUAACUGGGUGCGAGUCAUAAUUCCGUGUACAGCCAUUGACGACAGUCACCCUUUAAAAUUGUGGAAAUAACACAACAUUAGACUGUUUGAACUUCUCAGGUAGUAGAUUUGUUAAAAGAAAUACUGAAAUAAGAUUCAUCAAUUGUAAAAAUCUUCCUUUUGUGUUAAGUUUGAUCAAACUUCAAUUCAUUACAAAGCAGAUUGAUACAGUGUUCAGCAUAUAAGCUAAAAUGCUGCUCCAAGUACUUGUAAGCACAUUAGUCUUUUACAUGAACUGAGGCAAAAUGCCAUUAAGCCAAUGUAGACAGUCAACCUUCAUUCAAUUUACUAAUAAUGUCUUGAUAAAUUGUAUUCAAUAUUUUUUCAAAGUUCUUUCAUAACUUCUGUAUAAUUCCACCCAAAUUAGUACAAAUUUAAUAUUGUAUUAUGUAGACAUCUCAGGAUAUUUUAAUGGAUUCUGUCACUGCAGUAACUUUGUACAAAAUAACUUGAUAAAUAGUUUUAAAAUGGUGCUCAGAAACAACCUUUGAGGGCAUUUCCCUCUUGCCUAGGUCUUGGACCAUAAGCUGCAAUCCUCAACAGAGGGUGGGUUAUAAACCGCCUUUUACCAAAGAAAAUGCCUUUAAAUCUAAUAGACCAAAUUAUUUACCAGAGUCACAUGAUUUUGCGUAAUAAUAAUAGCAGGUUUUGAUAUAGCACUUAUAUCGGUCAAACAGUGACGCUCAUGGUGCUAUAACAUUCAGUAUUUUUCCUGCAAGGUAUGGUGUGGCUAUGUGUUUGGAAGUAUGAGACCAAUUUCUUUACAUAGCUCAAUAUAAUGGUUUACAAUGAUUGGGGCUCAACUACAUUCAUUAUACAACAGCAAGUGUGAUACGAGUGUCAUGACCAUGACCCAAACCCACUCUCUGCUGAUCAGAAACACCAGAGCUUGAGUCUGGUACUCUAUCCGCUCGGCCAUGACACGCCAUAUAUGGGUAAACGAUUCAAGCAAACCAAACAAGUGACGCACAGCAGUGUGUGCAUGGAAAAGCAUUUAUGCAUGGCUGGUUCCCACCACCAGCAGAAGCAGCUUGUUGAUGUACACCGGGUGUGGCUGCUUGGAUAGUUUAAUAAUAACAUCAUAAUAACCUGCAUUUAUAUAGUGCUUAAAGCCAUUGGACCCUUUCGGUAAACAGUAUUGUCCAAGACCCACACUUCGUGUAUCACAACUUAUAUA